AUUUUACCGCGAUGAAUAUACUCAACAAAUCAUAAAGACAUUGGAACAAUAUAUUUAAUUUUUGGAAGCUGAGCAGGAAUUACAGGAAUAAGAAUAAGAAUUUUAAUUCGAAUAGAAUUAAGUCAGCCUGGGACUCUUAUUGGAAAUGAUCAAAUUUAUAAUGUAAUUGUAACUGCUCAUGCAUUUAUUAUAAUUUUCUUCAUAGUUAUACCCAUUAUAAUUGGCGGAUUUGGAAAUUGACUUGUUCCAAUUAUACUAGGAGCUCCAGAUAUGGCAUUUCCACGAAUAAACAAUAUAAGAUUUUGACUUUUACCCCCUNCACUAUUUUUAUUAAUAAAUUCUUCAUUAAUCGAGUCAGGAGCAGGUACAGGGUGAACUGUAUACCCCCCNUUAUCCUCCAAUAUAUCUCAUUAUGGGCCUUCAGUUGAUUUAGCCAUUUUCUCUCUUCAUUUAGCAGGAGCAUCUUCUAUUCUAGGAGCAAUUAAUUUCAUUACCACAAUUAUCAAUAUACGAUCUAUUGGAUUGACUCUUGAACGAAUACCUUUAUUUGUUUGAUCAGUCUUAAUUACAGCAAUUUUACUUCUUCUUUCUCUUCCAGUAUUAGCUGGAGCUAUUACAAUAUUAUUAACAGAUCGAAAUUUUAAUACCUCAUUUUUNGACCCUUCAGGAGGCGGUGAUCCUAUUUUAUAUCAACACUUAUUUUGAUUUUUUGGUCACCCUGAAGUUUAUAUUUUAAUUCUUCCUGGUUUUGGAAUAAUUUCCCAAAUUAUUUGCUUUUCAACAGGGAAAAANGAACCCUUUGGAAAUUUAGGUAUAAUUUAUGCUAUAGCAGCAAUCGGAUUAUUAGGCUUUAUUGUAUGAGCACAUCAUAUAUUUACUGUAGGAAUAGAUGUUGAUACUCGAGCUUAUUUUACAUCAGCUACUAUAAUUAUUGCAGUACCUACAGGUAUUAAAAUUUUUAGAUGAUUAGCAACUUUACAUGGCUCUAAUAUUAAAUAUAAUCCUCCAAUUUUAUGAGCUUUAGGAUUUAUUUUCUUAUUUACUAUUGGAGGAUUAACAGGAAUUAUAUUAGCAAAUUCAUCAAUUGAUAUUAUUUUACAUGAUACCUAUUAUGUAGUUGCUCAUUUUCAUUACGUUUUGUCAAUAGGAGCAGUAUUUGCAAUUAUAGGAGCAAUUGCUCAUUGAUUCCCAAUAUUCUUCGGCUUAAACUUAAAUUCCUUAAUAAUAAAAUCACAAUUUUUUAUUACAUUUAUUGGAGUAAAUUUAACAUUUUUUCCUCAACAUUUUUUAGGCUUAGCUGGAAUGCCUCGACGAUAUUCUGAUUACCCAGACUUUUUUNCGAAAUGAAACUUUCUUUCAUCUUUAGGAUCAUUAAUUUCAUUAGCUGGAGUAAUAUUAAUAAUCAUUAUUAUUUGGCUAAGAAUUUUAGAUAAAAAAUUANUUAACUUUAGUAAUAAUUCAAAUUCCUCUAUUGAAUGAAUAUUAAAUUUUCCCCCUUCCGAACAUUCAUUUAAUCAAAAUAAUAUUAUUUUAAAAUAA